GCCUUCUUUAUCUCUUCGGGUUUUAGUUUACUAAUGAAUUAUAAAUGAAAAUGAAAAGCUGAGGUGAAGAAAUUAGAAAUCGAAACCUAUGUUAAAUGAUUUUUAUUUCGGUUCUCUAUUCCAAGCCUCAACCAGAAGCUGAAACAUUCCCCGCAAAGAAAGUGGGAAUGGGAAUUCAAUUUCCUGACUGAGCAAAAGCUGUUGGCGUGACAGACGACAGAGUCUGAGUGGAAACGCCAAUAGUCCCACUUUCUUUUUGAGUUCAUACAUUUCCCUCCGUUUUCUUCCCUUCCAAUCCACCAACGCGUCAUUUUCGUUUCCUUCCUCUUCUCUCACUGAAUACUCAUCUGCUCCCUGAGCUCUUCAAGGAACAAGCUAGUUGACUCCAAUGGCGUUCCAAGACUUUGAGCCCAUGUUCGGCGAACCCAAAGCAGAGUGGUCAGCCCCGAAUAAGGUCUCACUGCCCCCAUUUCUGUUCUAUGUGCAUCCUUCGGACUCUUCUCGGCUCAGAGUGCUCGUCACUGAUUUCUGCUCCAAUACUUGGGAGGCUAUUCGAUCUGUUCAGGAUCUUGAGGACAUGAGGGAUAACAUUGGAAUUGGGGGCUCGUGGUCUGACUUUCUGGCUUAUGUCAUAGAUUCCUUAAAAUCUGGAGAGGUGAAGCUUGUCCUGGAGGGAGAUUCGAAAUCAGAUGGUGCUGCAUAUGCAAAAUUAAGUGCUCAGAAAUCAAAAGGAAUGCCACUGAUCUCUAUUUCUCUUGGUAAACUUGUGGAUGUUGCCGCUAGUGAGGCAAUAAAGAAUCUUUCGCUGGAGCUCUACAAAGCAUUCAAAAGCAUGCAUAGUUUACUCAUAAAUGAGCAAGAGCGCUGUUAUCAGUUGACAGAAGUGAUAUCAUCUGAACAGGAAAAGAAUGAAAGUAUCCAGAGGCAACUUGAUACAUUUAUAUACUCAAAAAGGCAGAAGUCACAGAAGAUGAAUGACAAAGCGUUCUCAGAUACCUUAUUGGUUACUUCCUUGGAAGAUUCUCCAGACAAGACAGCAACCCAAGGUAUAGGUUCAACGAAAGUGAACAAGCGUGUUGUACCAGCAUAUCGCAGGGCAAAAGUGAGAGGAGUUCUUUUGCAGGAUACUGAAGACGAUGCAGAUAAUUAGGAAAUAUCUGACACUUGGUUCGUCAUGUUCCCAAGUGAAAACCGUUUGAUUUUUCUGUUGUUAUAACAUGAAAAGAUAUCACACGAAGAUGAAAGGAAAAAGGUUUAAUUUAACAAUUAGGGUUAUUUCUGAUAUGUUUGUACAUUACUAACGCUCAAACUAGUUAUUGACGAGUAUAUGUGGGUGGGUUUCCGUUACAAAAUGUUUGGUUGUUUGCCUGUAUGGAAUAUAUUUGAAUACCUUGAUCAAUUCCUGUUUAUAAAAUGGAAAAUUUGAAGUUCAUAUAAA